CACAACCUCGCCGCAGGACGCUUAUAACAACACAACCUCGACGCUCGCAUUAUCGAUUACUUCAUGUUUACGUUUGGCUACCACGGGAACGGGCGGCUGUAACCAAUCGAGUCACGCUAUUUGCACCCCUUGAUAUGCACUUAAUUAACACUCGACACCGGUUACAAUGUUGGCGUCCUUCAAACGGAUUGCUGUUUCGAUGUAUCCCGUGAUAAUACCCAUUAUGCAGUAAAAUGUUUAUACUGACUACAAUAAUUGGUGUCGCUGAACGCUACGCGAAGCGGAUAUUUAUAAUGGCGUCAGAAGUCAACGAGUGGUACAGAGGUCGAAAGGUGCUGGUAACUGGCUCUUCUGGUCUCAUGGGGAAGGUGCUCAUUGAGAAGUUACUAUACAGUGCUCCCGACAUCGGUUGCGUGUACGCAUUGGUGCGUUCCAAGCGUGGCAAGGCGCCGGAGUCACGCAUCGAAGACAUGUGGAAACUUCCACUAUUCUCAAGAAUUCGAGAAGAGAAACCACAUCUUAUGAAAAAGGUUGUUGCCGUUACCGGAGACCUGCUCUAUGAUGACCUUGGUAUUGAUAAACAUCAGUUAAAGGAGAUAUAUGACGAGGUUUCAAUUGUCUUCCAUUUUGCUGCAACGUUACGUUUAGAAGCACCAUUGAGGGAAGGAUUGGAAAUGAACACAAAAGGAACUCUACGCAUUUUGGAACUCUCUAAGAAUAUUAAGAACCUUGCAGCAUUUAUACAUCUAUCUACAGCAUUCUGUUAUCCAGACUAUGAGAGGCUGGGUGAAAAGGUUUAUGAUCCACCAGCAGAUCCUCAUGAGGUGUUGCGCGCUGCCAGCUGGUUAUCCGAAGCUCAACUCAAUCUCUUGGCUCCUUCAAUACUACAGAAGCAUCCCAACUCGUAUACCUACUCUAAGCGGCUGGCUGAAGCCUUAGUCCGGGACAGCUACCCAGGUCUUCCAGCUGCUGUAGUACGUCCCAGUAUUGUGACUCCAUCAUACAAAGAGCCUAUGCCAGGCUGGGUGGAUAAUCUCAACGGGCCUAUAGGUGUGAUGGUCGGCGCUGGCAAGGGCGUCAUCAGAACCAUGCACUGUUAUGGUCAUUACCAUGCCGAAGUGAUUCCCAUCGACAUAGCUAUUAACUCCAUUAUCGUUAUUGCAUUCAGGAUUGGAAACCAAACCGAGAGACCACCAGAAAUUCCCGUUUUCAACCUGACCACAGGAGACGACAGGAAUACGACCUGGAAAGAAGUCCUAGAUAUUGGUAAAGCGACAGUGCGGAAGUACCCUUUCGAGGGUCCAUUGUGGUAUCCCGAUGGGAACAUCAGACAUAAUAAGUUUAUACACUCUCUAUGUGUGUUUUUCUAUCACAUAGUUCCAGCUUAUUUCAUAGAUUUCUUACUGUUCCUGUUUCGACAAAAACGAUUCAUGGUGCGGAUACAAAACAGAAUAUCAGUCGGAUUGGAAGUGCUGCAGUAUUUCACAACUCGUGAGUGGUGGUUUGACACGGACAACUUUAAGUCACUUGUGAAUAUAUUGAAUCCAGAGGAUCGCGCGCUCUAUCCUAUGGACUUGACAAUCAUAGAGGACGAGCCGUACAUAGAGAGUUGUAUGAUCGGCGGGAAGAUAUACUGCAUGAAGGAGAAACUUGAAAAUCUUCCUAGAGCCAGAUUACACAAUAACAUACUCUUUAUUCUGGAUCGGCUGGUGUCAAUAUUCUUCUAUUUAGUGCUGUUAUAUUGGAUUGUGUUGUGGUGCGAACCAGUAAAACAGUUAUUGUCUUGCGGAGGACCAUUUGUGCGCUACUUACCUUUGGUUGGCAAAGCUGUCUUCAAGGAAGAUUAGUACACUCUCAACACUGUAUAUUUGACAUGUAUAACUGGUUGUAUAUAAAUAUAAUUCUAAUAACCUUAAAAUAAAUCGAGGAUGAGGA